AUGGGGGAUUUUAACGCUGUUCGAAGACCUGAGGAGAGGUUUAACUCUGUUUUUUGCCGAAGAACUGCCCGUGAUUUCAACGAGUUCAUCAGGGACUCUGGAUUAAUGGAGCCAAAGAUGGGAGGAUUUCGUUUUACUUGUUUCAGGGAUGCCGAUGCAAAGCUAAGUAAGCUGGACCGCUUCCUUCACAGCCCCUGUUUCCUUGACAUUGCCUUUAAUGUUACAGUCACAACAUUACCUAGAGAACUAUCGGACCAUUGCCCGAUUCUUCUAUCAAACAGUAGACGAAAUUUUGGCAGACCCCCAUUUAAAUUGUUCAGUUCUUGGAUGCUUAGAGACGGAUUUGAAAAGGCAUUCAUCACCAGUUGGAACAACUUUGUGGGUUUUGGUACACCAAACCAAUACCUAGCUGCCAAGCUAAAACAUGUCAAGAAGGGUAUUAAGGAAUGGAGGGAUACUGAUCAUCCAAAAGAGGAAGUGGAGCUACGUAAUCAUAAACUUGUUGUCGAAAGAUUAGAUCAUGAGGCAGAAAAGAGAAACCUUACAGAAGUGGAGCUUGAGCAAAGAAGAGAUAACUUUAAGAAGGUGGUGGAAAUAGAGAAAUUCAAGGCGUUAGACAUCAAACAGAAAUCACGAAUCAAAUGGGCUGUUGACGUUGAUGAGAACACCAUAUUUUUUCAUGGGUAUGUGAACAGCAACAACAGGAAAAAUGGGAUUGAUGGUAUUAUGAUAAAUGGGAACUAG